GAGACAGAUUGAAUAAAAGUAACAUAGAAUGAAUGAGAGGGAGAGAGCGAGUGGGACAGACAGAAGAGAGACAGUGUGUGUGUGUGUAUAUCGUUAGGGCCUGAACGCUUAUCCACCCCCCUGCAGUGUGAGGGGCGGGUGAGUUCAGGUCCACGUGUAUAAAGCUCGAGCCUCUCAGCCGCUCUCUCACACACGCGCUUCAGGACUCCAGCAGCUCUGAGAGAAACUCAGCUCAGAUCUCUCUCACCCACAGGAAGCUGCUCUGUUUCUCUCUCUCUCUCUCUCUCUCUCUCUCUCUCUCUCUCUCUCUCUCUCUCUCUCUUUCUGUGAGGAUGGUCAGGCGGCUGGUUCUGGCUCUGUUGGCCGCUCUGUCGGUGGCUCUGUGCGGCGCCUCCAGCAGAGCGGCUCCCGCUGCAGCAGCUGCUGGGCGGAACUCCAUCAAACACCCGGCGAGCGGAGCCUCCGCUCCCACACACACUCACACACACACCGUCAGCACGAGACCCAGCGGCGGCGGCGGGCGCGAGGGGGACGCUGACGUCACACAGCCGCUGAGCUGCGCUGUGGAUUCUGAGUGCAGCACUGCUGAGUUCUGUAAUGCCGCACGCAGUGUGUGUAUGCCCUGCCGCAAAAGGAGAAAACGCUGUGCCCGCCACGCCAUGUGCUGCAGCGGGAGCCUGUGUGUAAAUGGUGUGUGUCAGGCAGCUGAAGUCAACUCCACUGUCAGUGCUGCAGAUGUGCCACAGCUGGUCAGCAACAGUGACGUCCAGACAGUGACAGUGACCGCAGCACAGAAUCGUACCAUCACGGUGCUUCCAGAGCCACCCAAGAGAAGCAGUGUGAACUCAAAAACACAGCAAAUGGUGAAAGGCGGUGAGGGGGAGCCAUGCUUGAGGUCAUCAGACUGUGGCGAGGGUUUGUGCUGCGCUCGGCACUUCUGGUCCCGGAUCUGUAAGCCAGUACUCACUGAGGGUCAGGUGUGCACGCGGCACCGCCGUAAAGGCACUCAUGGGCUGGAAAUCUUCCAGCGCUGCGACUGCGGCCAGGGUCUGGUGUGUCGAGCCCAGAGAGACAAAGCAGCGGCAGCAGAAGUCCAGCAGCAGCAGCAGCUCAGCAACACUAACACCAGAGCAGCCAGAAACCUUCACAUAUGCCUACCACGCUAAUCCAGCACAACCUGCUGAGGACAACUCAUUUUACACUUACACACACUAACGCUUACACACACAUACAGCGCAUUACGCAUGUGCAUGCCUGGACUUACCCACACACUAAAGGGAUAUUGGAAAUCCGACUCCGCGGAAGGAUGCUCCAUUAAAAGGAUUGAUCAUAUUUCCCGUACGGAUGCAGAAAAGGCACACCUUGUGGAAGUUCAAAUCGGAGACUUUGCCACUGAAGACAGAAAUGAUUUUUUUUUCCCUUCAGGGUCAUCGAAAAGGCAGAGUGUUUGUCUCCCUUUAUAAGGGAACUGUAAACCCUUUUUGCAGUAAAUUACUGUAUUGUAAAUAAUUACUUGGAAGUGGCACUUAACUGAGCUUAUUGAUUCUGUAAAGUAGUAUUGUAAGAUCAGGUGCUGCAUGACUAUGCUAAUACUGUAAAUGUGCAAAUGAUACCAUUUAUAUUGUUAUUUACUACAUGAUAUAAAUUCUCUAUUUUUAUUUCAAACUAAAUUGUUAAAAUAUUUCUUUUAUUAAAAUAUUAUAGUUUGAC